GCGUGUGAGCUCAUUUCAGAACUAGUUGAAGAUGGGGAAAGAACAAGUGAGCGGUGAUGGAGGACGGAGCUUCAACCAGCGCGGGACGGACUACGUCCACCCAAAACCCGCGCCGCUGCUGGACUGGGCGGAGCUGAAUCUGUGGUCUUUCUACAGAGCCGUGAUUGCGGAGUUUGUCGCCACCCUUCUCUUCCUCUACGUCACCUUGGCCACCGUCAUCGGCCAAAAGCAGCAGACUGGGCCCUUGGACGGCGUCGGCACCCUAGGCAUCGCUUGGGCCUUUGGCGGCACAAUAUUCGUCCUCGUCUACUGCACCGCCGGCGUCUCUGGGGGGCACAUAAACCCGGCGGUAACCUUCGGGAUGCUGGUGGCGAGAAGAGUGAGCUUGGUGCGAGCGGUGGCGUACAUGGUGGCGCAAUGCCUGGGGGCCACUUGCGGAGCGCAGUUGGUGAAGGAUUUCACGAAGCAUUUGCACACCAUGCUCGGCGGCGGCGCCAACUUUGUUGCACGGGGCUACUCCAAGGGCUCCGCCCUGGGAGCCGAGAUAAUGGGCACCUUCCUGCUUGUUUACACCGUCUUCUCCGCCGCCGAUCCCCAGCGACAAGCACGUGACCGUCAUAUUACUGCGUUGGCGCCGCUGUCGAUCGGAUUUGCGGUUUUUAUGGCGCACUUGGCCACCAUCCCCAUCACAGGAACGGGCAUAAAUCCGGCGAGGAGCUUCGGUGCGGCCGUGAUCUACGACAGCUGGGACGAUCAGUGGAUAUUCUGGGUGGGGCCUUUCCUUGGAGCGUUCGCAGCAGCAUCCUAUCACUGGUUUGUGCUUAGAGCGGUCCCAGGGGAGUAUGAUCCAGCGGUCAUCCCUCCUACUCCCUAGUGAUAAAUAAUUCAAUUGAAAUUGGCUGUGUACUGAAUUUAUUUAUUUAUAAAGUAGUGACAAUAAUUAAUUAAUAUUGUUAUUACUUCUUAA